AUGAGUGUCGAUGGAAUCCACGAGGUAAUUGGUAAUUUAUAUAAAGAGACAAAACAAUUUGAUUUAGCUAUAAAACAUUUUAACAAAUCAUUAACUGUACAAAGGACAAAUUUUAACGAAAACCGUGAAAGUAGUGAACUAAAUGUACUCGAUAGUCUUGCUGAAUGUUAUGAAAUGUUAGAUGAUUAUGAACAGUGUGUAAAGUAUUAUACCAAAGCACUAGCACUUACAAAUGUCGAUGACCACACAAUCAGAGUCGACAAUAUUGUACGCAUACUUAUACUAAUUGGCACAAGCUACGCUCUCGAUAGUAAGCUUGACUUAGCUGUGAAAUGGUUUGACCGUAUAUUUGAGUUAGAUAAUCAAUAUCCAACAUUAAUAACAAACGAAAGAAUAGUGAAAAUACAUGAAUGUCUUGGUAAUAUUUAUACGGAGAAUAAUGACUAUACACAUGCAAUUGAACAUUAUAGUAAACAAUUAGAAUUAUUAAUUAAAUUAAAUAAAGCAACCAGAGAACGAAAGUUACAUAUUCGGCAAACACUUGCUGAACUAUGCAAACAAAAGAAUGAUUUACCGCUUGCUAUACAUCAUUAUAAAGUUGUGUUAACUUUGCAAAACCAAAAUUUCAAUAAUGGUUACUCUGGUCGCUUAGCACGUUUUAGCAAGAAACAAAAACGUCAACAGACAAAUUUAGCAUACCUACAUUAUUCAAUUGCCGACUGUUAUGAGAAACUCUUUGACUAUAGUGAUGCAUUAACUCAUUACAAAACGAUUUUAGAACUAAAAGUAAUAGAUCAAUCUUUACUAGCUGAUGCACAUAUUGGCCUUGGAACAAUCUAUGAAAAUAGCACAUCAGAAAAAAAUUAUCUACUAGCUAUAAAACAUUAUAAAAAAUUAGUUGUACUCAAAUUAAAGAAUUACAAUCAAAAUAUGUCAAAUAUUGCUAGAUAUUAUACUGGUAUUGGUUGGUGUUAUUGUAAAUUGAAAGAGAAUAAAUUAGGUCUUAAAUAUUGUGAGAAAGCAUUAAAUAUUUACAGAGAAUGUUCAGAAAGUACAGAUGAUCCUUGCUAUACAAAUGUCUAUGCUACACUGGCUUGUCUCUAUUAUCAAAUAAAUAAUUAUGAAACGGCAUGGAUCUAUUGUGACAAAUCAAUAGCUGUUAUGAAAGAUAGUUUUCCGAUAGUAAAAUAUGAGUAUCCAAUAUAUGCAUGGAUCUAUGAAGUUUAUGGUUGUAUCUAUUUAUAUUUUAAAGAUAAAUAUCUUGCAAUUGAAUCGUUCAAAGAAUCAAUGAAUUUGUUUCAAAAGCAUCAACCUUACCCAAGAAAAGAGAUAAAACGUAUUCAACAUUCACUUUAUGAACUUCGUUUAAACAAUAGCGUAGAAGAUGAAGUAUAUGAACCCGUGAGGAAAAAAUCAAAGAUUAAAUGA